AUGGUGGGUCCCAUGUCGUCAAAAUCGAUUGCCAUGGAUCGCCAUUCAUAUGUGCGCGUUGGCCGUUUGAGUGCACGUGCCACUGUCUUCUUUUUGAGUACCUCUGAAAGUACCCUGCAUCUUUUCUCAACCACGUUGUAUCGUAUUUGGUUCCCCACUUUGAAUGGAUGUCAAGGUCAGCAUUACCGUUGUAGCUCACCCGAGUUAGAAAAUGAUUUCCACUCUAUCUCUGGGCUUCUGACCUACCGUGCAGCAAAAUACCGAGCGACGCUGGGGUGUAUUACAAUACAAAAUUCCGAUGCUGCUAUGGCAAGUCUACCCGCAAAGACAUCCACCACAAAGCUGCGCUAG